AUGACUUUAAAAGACAUAAUUCUCAAUCUUAUGAACAACCAUUACAAUAACUCCGCACCUGAACAAGAUAAAGUAUUAAAUACUACUUCAAAAUUUAAGUCCAGACGAGCGGAUGGUGUGAACAGUAACCGAACACAUUGUACAGGUUAUGAUUACGAUGAAACUAUUUGCAAAACUGUUGAUGACAGAGUUAUUUGUGGCUAUAACAAGAAUAUAGAAAAAGUUCAAAACGAAUCAGUUGAAGUAGGUAAUGGCUGUAGAAUACGCGGUGAUAGAUUAGAAUGUGGUUAUUUAAAGGGACCAUUUAACAACACACGACGACCACCUGUCAGCGAAGAAGAAGAAGAAGAAAGUGAUUCGGAAGAUGACAAAAAGAAACUUCAUCAUACUGUUAAUCUAAUAAGCAGCACACGGAAAAAGAAUUCUAAUACUUUGACUACACCACCUACAACAGUUUUAAACUUAACUUCUACAACAAAAAACAAGCCUUAUGAAAGUACAUCCCAUGUAACAAAAGCCAAUUUUAUUUCAAGUUCUAGUACAAAUAAAUCCAAGGUUUUAAAGGAAAAAACAGUAGCAAACCGCAAAAAGCGUUGCGUUGAGAAGAAUGACAGUAUAUUUUGUUAUGAAAAUAAAACCUAA